ACGGCCCGGGACCUGAAAUCGUCAUACGAUAAUUUCUCAAGCCGACACACACACACACACACAGCAGUGCCGCAAACGAAUAAAAGGCACAACAAGGGUCCUAUUUGACGCCCAUCAAAUAUCUCCUAGGCCAUCUGUCGCAUAGCCGCUCACAACCUCAUCACCACCACCAAAUCAAGCCCCGCAACAGCAAAAGCAGCGCCAAAGCAGCGCCCCACCAUCCAACAUGAAGGUCAUCCCCAAGGAAAUCGAGCAGGAGCACUACGGCGUGGUGGUGCGCGGCGGCCUCAUCGGCGGCACGGCGGGGCUGGCGCUCGGGCUGGCGGGCGUGGUGGGCGGCGCGCGGCGGUACCCGGCGAUCCGGCAGCUGACGCUGCCGUUCCGGUCCUUCCUGGUGACGUCGGCGGGGACGUUCGGCGCCAUGGUGGUGGCGGAGCGGUACAGCAUCAGCUACCAGCGCUCGCACGACGCCAUGAACAACUACCUGGAGGAGACGCACCGGGCCGCCGAGCAGGCCCGCCGCGAGCAGCGCACCGAGGCCCAGCGCUUCAUGGACUGGGGCCGCGAGAACCGCUACAGCAUCGUCUUUGUCAGCUGGGCCGCGUCCAUGGGGAUUGCCAUGGCUAUUGUCGGUCGCAGCAAGUACCUGACGGCGAGCCAGAAGCUGGUCCAGGCCCGUAUGUACGCCCAGGGCCUCACGCUUGCCGUGCUCAUCGCCACCGCCGCCUUUGAGACCGCCGACGCCAAGUCUGGCAAGGGCCGCUGGGAGACCGUCAUGGUCGUCGACCCCGACGACCCGACGCAUCAGAUUGAGAAGAAGAUUCACAAGGAGGAUUACGAGGGUCAGGAUCUAUGGAAGCAAAUGGUAGCUUCCGAGGAGAAGCGGCUAGGAGAGAAGAAGAAGCAGCGGGAACCCGCGGGCAAGGCUUGAAAGGGGUAUCUCAGCGCCACGAAAUGCCGCCACGGCUGGCACCUCGCCCAUGAAUAAUCCCUCCUCUUGUGCAUCGGCGGCGUUCGGAUUGAGUUAGCGGGCGCAUUAUUUCCUGCAAAUUGUACGGUAUCGGCGGUUGGGGUUGUCCAUUUCUUAUGUUGUUAGUGUCUGAGUAGCCGGGUUGGCCGGGCGGGAUAUGGGUGAACCUUGCUACGAAUAGUAGGUUCAAAAAGGGGACAGUCGGGGUAAUGAGCGCGGUGUGCGCCAGGGGUAUAAAACACAGUAAAUGAUAUAAAAGCAAGACA